CGGAAAUCUUCAGUGCGGAGGCGUGAAAAUAUGGCGGAAAAUUUUUUCCUUCACUAGUGUCAUUACUAGCGCACUGACCCAAUUCUCCCUCGAUGUGGAAAGAAAAGAAAGCGUUGGGCAUUUUCCAUGAAUGAGGAAAAAAAGAAGGAAGAAUGUGGGGAAGUGGAGCAACUUUCUGGGGGCAAAGCUUGUGCACUGGGAAACUGCCGCCAGGCGAUGGAAAACAGUGGGAAAGUAAAAGAAGAGAAAGCUCAAAAUGAAGAGGGCCUUUCAGCUCCAGAAAAUCAACGUGGUGCACAUAUGGAGAAAAAUGAAAGGUAUUGAUUAAUGAGAGUAAGGUUCUAACCAAAAAUGAGCCUUUCCUGUAAUGCAUGUAAUUCAAAGUAAGGUCAUGUCCUUACAAACUUCUCGCCGUCGUUAGCUGCCACAAUGUGGCGGCUGGAUUUUGAAAUUGAAAUGAUUAUAUUCCAGCUUGUAAGUCGCAUUUCGUUUCCUUCACGAACCAGUGUGCGCUGAUAUGACGAAGAUGUUUCACUGAGAAACAAUUUCUUUUCAAAAGUAAUCUUGCAGGUAUUAUUAGAAGUCAAACAACAAUGCAAAUUCGGUAUGGCUUACGAAAAUAUGGCUUUUUCCAAAUGAUGAUUGCUUUCCGAAAAAAAAAAAAAUUAAAAAAUAAACACCUUUCUGUUUGGGUUAUUUUUUCCGUUUGUUGAUUUUCAUCCUUCCUUUAAAAUUUCCUAGAAAUGCAAUAUCAAACUGGGUGUUUGGUGGAUGGGUUGUUUCUUUUUCUAUAGAAAAUAUAAAGGUUUGCAUUCACUAAAGUACAGCGAAACUGGUUAUUGUAAAUGUUGCUGUUGGCAUGACGAGAAUUUGUGAGCUCAGUCUAAAAUCAUUUUCAUCACUUUUGAGUGAUUGUCAAUCAAGUGUAACAUGAGUUAAAUGGUGCAGGGUCACGGUGCAGAUAGUUACAAAUGCUUUUUUUCCAAAAUGCAACCAAUGAAAAUAAAUGUUUUUAGGUAAGAAACUAAAAUUUUUUGUGAUAUGAUUCAUCAGAGGAGGUUAAUUCUUUUAAAUUUAAAAGCUAGUCUUGAUUCAUCUGAAAUCAUUUUCAACCAGACACAUUUCUAAAGGUAAUGGGACCAAGUGGAUUUCAGUUUGAUCUGUUAUGAAAUUAAUGAAAAAUUAAUCAAAAUUGCAUGGCUACUAAGCAAAAGUCCAAUUUGUUAAUCAUUGGCGUGAUUGCUGACAAAGUAGACAGCGUAAAGUCCUGCUCCCAGUAGACCUCUUUAGCUUCUUUGUUUACCAAUUUUAGGUCAUGUAAUAAUACAGUAGAACCUUGAUUUAACAAACCUCUACAUAACAAAGUCCUCAGUAUAAUGAAUGAUACUCUUCAGUCCGACCAAAGUUACAGUAAAAUGUAUGGAAAAGAACCUUAAUAUAACAAAAUCCUCAUUUUAAUGAACACAAUCUAGAAGCCCAAACAAAUAAUUUACUACAAUAUGACAAGCAAAUGUCAUUAUGUGACAUGAGAUAAAUGUGAGCAGACCACCAAGAAUCAAAAUCCAUCACUGUUUGCCAGUGACUUCCACUGAAAUUUUUCCCGUUUGCUUUAAAAAUAAGGUGCUGUGGCUAUGUACCAACCUGUGUAGGUUACUCUAGCUUCAACUAGACAUUAAAGCACAAAUGUUAUUUACAGAAAUUGCUCUGAUCCCAAAAUGCUGGGAAGGGGGAAAUCAAACCACCAAACAAACAAAAAAAUGAAAUAAAUAAUAAAAAUUAAAAAGGUAGUUAUCAACCAGCCCUCAAUGUAAUGAACAAUUUGGUUGUUUUUCUACAAAUUCAUUAAAUUAAGGUUUUCAUUAUAAUGAACCCUCAGGACAAUGAUCCAAUAUCCCCAGUCACUUGGCACUUUGUUAAAUUGAGGCUCCACUGUUCUCUAGAGAACUGUUUCUUUUAAGUUUCCUUCUAUUCAUGAUCAUAUGUACAAAUAAUUAAAGACAGGAUGUCAGCAUCCAUCUAACAAAUUUGAAAUAUUGUGACAAGUUGCCCAAAAUUGGUUUUCUCUCUUACUUUCAUAUUUUGUUGCCCAAUACGUCCUAAUAAUUGUGGUGUAGUUUUUUUGUGAUUAAAUUUAUUUUAGUUUUCAAGAAAUUACUUUUUUUGUUCAACUGCUCAAAUAUGCAAAUUUUCACUGCGAAUAUUACCCAAGUGGUGUGACCUCCUGUAACGAAUUUACUUGACCUCUGGUAUUUCUGUCAACCUUUCCUUUGUUUCAUCAUCCAAACUUAAUCCCCUGUCAUUAUUGUAGCUGGCAAAGAAAUAUUUAUUUUUUGGUGAAUAUUUUGUCCAACAUACUUUUUCUAUGUCAAAAAUUAGCACCAAAACAAAAACAGUUUUAACAAUGACCAAUAUGACAGAAUCUACUGAGCUUCUAGCAUUUAAAAGACAAAAGGAUGGUUACAAAGUUACUGUAAAAAUUUCCUUGUGUAUUUGUGUUGUUCUAUUGUGAGACAAACUCAAAGUCUGGCAAAAUUUAAAAUUUGUGAAAAAUAUCUAACACAGCGCUCUUACCUUAUUUAUUAAUGAUUUUAUUAGCUGUUUAGAGGACCAAGUUAUGCCCUACCACAUUUUAGCCAGAUUAUAAAUCUUCUCCACAUUAUUAUAUCAGUUGCAUGACAAGCGUGACAUGUAAAUUCAGAGAUGAAUCAACCUCUGAAAUUACCAAGAGAUGGGUUUUUUCCCUCUUUGCAUAUCUAUAAAAACCUUCCAAGAAUUACUGUAUUCAGAAAACUAAACUGUCCAGAUCCAUCAAUGAUUCCUUUGCCAGCAGAAGUCAAAGAAUGUCCACAAAAGUCAAUUUGAUUGAAAAGCUACAUACUGAUUUAGCUGAUUGAUCUGUUGUACAAGCGUGUCAUCUUACACGCCAACAUGGAGAUUUGCUGUUCAUUUAAAUCGUUCACUGGUGGGACUGUUGGGUAUAGUUAUUGAGAAGACCUAUGUUGCAUAUCUCAGGUCGUUCCCUUGUGUAGUUGUAAAAAAUACAUUUCAAGUCACUUGGGGAGAUCCAGAAACUGAAGUUGAUCUUACUUUGUUGCGAGCCUGCAUCUUCAAGAUGUCAAAAGAUAUGGAUGAUUUUACAAUCUGCCCCACUCAUAGAUCAAAUCUUGUUACCAGUGUUGGGUGGAGUUGUGGUUCUAUUAGUAGUUGUAGAGUGCCUAAAGUGUAUAGCCAUGGUAAAGGUAGGGUUAAGUUGAUUCCAAAAGCCGAUUGGGAAAUUGGCAAGUGUGUACCACAGAUAGUACACAUGAUGUCUAGAAAAUUCAUACUACCACCUUGUGCAAAAUUACGCAUCCCGUCAGACUUAGGUCUCGAUUGGGAAUUGGUCAAUACCCACCCUGUCAGCACCUAACAACCCACUUUUAACUGCUACGCUGCUACUGAAACAACAAUUAGUGGCCACAAAAGUGACAUGCAAAUAUUGUCAAUUCAACAUAAACAAAAAUCUUCAUACAGGGUGAAUAUUCAUUUGUGUUGGGAUCAAUUAUUGCGUGACUAGCUUAUGAUGUAAUCAGGUAGGGGAAAACACAACAUAAACCCUGGGUUCCUGGAAAAAAGUAAUACCCAAGCAUAAUUUAAUAACCAAAACAGCUUAUUGGUCAUAUAAAAUCAUAAAUAAACAAGGUAAGAUUUUUCAAAAACUAAAAUAUAUUUUCACACAAAAAAACUACACCACAAUUAUUAGGACAUAUUGGGCUACAAAAUAUGAAAGUAUGAGUGAAAGCAAAUUUUGGGUGACUUGCCACUGUUUGUCUGAUGCAUGUUGAUGUUAGCUCUUAAAAAGGAUAAAGCUGAGAAUUCCCUUGAGACCUGGUAUCGGUAGAAAAAAUGAACAAGUGAGAGAGAUCUAUUAAUUAAAACUGUGUCAAAAUUUGAGAAACAAAUCCGUUGACUGUUUCCAUGCAAAAGUGAGCCAAAAUUAAUAUUCUAGUUAACACUGCAUGGAAAUGAGCUAUGCAGUCUUACUACACAGGGCUGAUACUUAAACUGCCCUACUUUCCUUUUCAAGCAUUUCUGGUACACUGUCCUGUCAGUGAGCUAAUCAGGCAGCCUGUAACCAAUCAUGUCUGAGAAUGUUUUUUUUUAAUUUUGAUAUCCUGGGAAUUGAUCCCUGGCAAUAUUUUUAAUAUGUCUUUAUUCUAGUCCCUAAUAGCACUAUAUUUCUUAAUAAUUUACUAAGAUACUUGUUUAUUUGUAAAUGGCAAUUAUUUACUGUGACAUUGCUUUAUAACACAGUAAGUGUAGUGUCAGGUAAUUCAUACCUCUUUUUAGUAUCUUGAAGUUAUAUGUAUUGACUUUAAAUGUUAUUGAUGUAAUUAGUUUUCUAUUUGUUAUUUUUCAGCAGAGAUCAGCUGAAACAGGAAGAUGUCAAGGUACAAUAGAACUUGCUGUUUUGAGUACCAUAGAUUAAUCAUCCAAUCUUAAUUGUUUUUAAAUGAUUAUUGAUUAUAAUAUCAUUAACUGAAAUUUCAGGAUUACAUUUUACAAUAUUAAUGCCAGGCCCCGUCCUCUACCCUUGCUAUUUAAGUACACUGUUAAUAGAAGUAAAAUUCUUAACAAUCAAUGCACUUUUGAUAAUUACUUCAUAUCAUGUUUUGAAUUGGCGAAGAAAAAAGAACAACAUGAAUAUUUAAAGUUUGCAUUGGUUUUUAUCUAUAUCCUGACAAAUAAUACUUUGAAUUGAACAUCUGUCAAUUGGUCAAAAACAUUGAAAUAGAGACCAGUAAGUUGGUAAUCUAUAGUCUUUGUGUAAUAUUACCGAGAUGUGGAGAGUACAGUGUUGGUUUAGUAUUAAACCUGUUUUUCACCCAGGACUCCCUUAAACAAAAGUAUUACAGUGUAUUAUUAUAAAAUUGGUAUUACUUUUAUGAUUAUUUUUCAAGGAUGAAAAUAAAGUGGAUAGUAAUAAAGUAAAGGAGGAUGAGAAUGAAGAAGAAUUAAGAAAGGAAGAGGAAGAAGUGGUUUGUUUUAUGAUACUCUUACUGAUCUUGAUUUAAGUCUUUGUUUAUUUGAAGUUUAUUUUAACAAAAUAUAGUGGACUAUUUUUAUUGUUUACCAAACAAGCAACAAGCUAUGAAAGAAGCAAAAGAACUGGUUGAUCAGAAACUUGCUCUGCGGGAGAAGAAUCUUUCUGCCAUUGGUUAGUGCUGCAUCUUGAAUUAUAGCUCUUCUUUUUAGAAUCUAGUGUUAAACAAAAGACCUCUGCACAUUGAAGGCUCUGGGGAAUAAAUUAGAGUUUGCAUUAGUUUUAUUUUUCAGUGCAUCACAGAUAUAUGAAAUGUUUUACAAUGAAUUAUAAGAUAUCAGAGCAAGGUAAUAAUGGCUAAGCAAACUUGUGAUGUACAUCAGUUAGAUUAACCAAUAUUUGCUCUUGCUUAGUACACUGUAUUUUAUGUACUAUACCAGUGAACGUAAUUAUGGUAGGAAGGUUGCACUGAAAUGAUCUGGAAAGUGCACACUAAUUAAUUUCAAAUCUUUCAUAGACACAUCUCUCAAUUACUUAUAAGGUGUAGCUAAUUUAAUAGUUAUAAAAGUUGCCAGCAUAUAAUUGGUUUUAAUUAUUUAUAUGCACAAGCUAUUCUAGCUUAUGUAAAAUAGUUUAUUUGUUGAAUUAUGGGUAUUAAUUAUUUAAAUUUUGCAACAUCAUUUUUCUGUCAGUCCAACGACCUGAAGAGUCUUAUUUUAAAGGAAAAGAUUCUUCUGUGAAGAAAAAUUCUGCAUUCAUCAAGAAAUUGGUAUGGUCUUUCAUUUUAUAUAGACUAGUAAUCCAACAUUGUUAACUUUAUACAGUUAUUUUGUUCCUUUUUUUCUUAUGAAAAGAAUAAAAAAAGGUAUAGAGCCUGAACAAAUUUCAUAUUAGCUGGUUACUAGCUUUUCAAAAUCCAACUGAAAUCAUUUGCAGGAGCUCAAAGUGUGAAUCUUAUCCUACUUUGAAUAAUAGUUAGGGGUGUUUUGAUUAUAGAGGACAAUCACAGAAGCCCAACGUGAGUCUCUGGAGCAGGAAUUUGCUGGUUUGAACCUCUCAAGAUAUGUUCAGGAAGCGGUAAGCCUUCCACUUUUCAUUAUAAAUCAACACAGUAAUAUUAACCCUAUCCCUCAGUGAGGUUUAUUGUUCCUGUGCAGCUUUCUUUGGUCUGAAAGACUGAAAGGUUCUUUACUGUUUCUUUCAACAGGUUGCUGCAGUUAUCGAUGGUGUACCCAAAUUGAAGGUACCAGUAUCUUACCAACAAUUUUAUCUUUUAAUAGAACUGCUUUGGUCCAAAUUUACAUGAUGGUGAAUUAAAAUGAAAAAACUCUAUUUUGAUAAUUGGUGUUCAAGAAAAAAUAUAACAAAGGAACAAGCAACAAAUGGACAGAACACUGGUUUGUUGAUAAUUAUGAGUUCAGAAUGUUUGAAAGUUUUAGUCCUUGUUCCUCUCUUUGUAUAAAUCUUUGAGAAAUAUUUUUGUGGAUCAAAAACAUUCAAAUUGUAUUUCAGUAAUUGCUAAAGCCACUAAAUCGUAGCUACAAGGCCAGGGAAUUAAUUAACAAAGGCAUUACUAGCUGUAUUAUAUCAAAUGCCUUACAAUCUGUCUUUUUUUUGUUAUCCAUCUGAUUAGUGGUGUAAAGGAAAUUGGUUUAAUUUGAAAAUCUCUGGUACACACAAAUAAUGUGGAAGGAUUAGACUUCCUUCCAAAACUUGAAUUAAUUCAUAAAUUAAUUCAGAAGUGUGAUUUUUGUUAACAGACAAAUAAAAUGUAUUUCUUUAUUUUUAUUAAAGCUAGCUGAUGUGAGAUGUGCGGGUCAUGUCUGUGGCUUAAUUCAUCAAGUGUAUGGUGACUUCAGUGAACCACUGAAAAAGGGACUUGUUAAGAUAUUUGAUGGAUAUGGUGGCAAAGAUGAGGAAAAGGUAUUUCCUAGAGCAAUUACAACUGUUUUAUAUUAGUUACUUAGUACUGUGACACUAACCUUUCGUACUUCAAAUUUAUAGUGUCUUAACGUUGUGUUUCCUCAACAGCCAAUUGGUAAAUUGGGGUGGUCAUAUAAACUACUUAUUGACUGAGUUUGGUCAGGCUGUACAGGAAAAUAUUUGGCCCUUGGUCAUUGGUUGUGCUUGAUCCAUACACUGUGUCUUAACCUGGAGCCAAAUAUUUUCCCACUGCCCUCUCACUCAGAUAAUGAGUAUGUAUUAAACUGAUACUUCAGUACAUUUGAUGAUGAUGAAGAUACCGUAAUUUCCGGCCGUUUGCCUGCGAGUAAUCUGUUGAUUUUGCAUUAAACGCGCCCCACUGCGGGUAAUAGGGAAGUUAUGUGACAAUUUUAAAAUCUACUGGUAGUUGAAUUGAAAAAAAUUAUCACCAACAUGCAUUUCCACCUCUCAAAUGAAUUUUAUUGUUUUAAGAGUGCCGCAAAGUGGCAUGAAAACAUGAUGCUGACUCGAGUUUAUUUCACGCAUAAAUAGUUGCACGAUGAACAAAACCAAAUCUUUGAUGCUGACAAAAAUAAUCCAAAGAUAUCUGGUGCAUCAGUAACAAAUUUCCAUUUAACAAUAGCUUGAGCUAAAGAGAAUUUUCCCGUUUUAAGGAACUUGUUAGGCCCAAUAGAACCGGAGAUAUCGAUUUUUUUCAGAAAUCGCCAACAGUACUUUUUAAUUCAAGUUUUAACACUCACCCAGCUUUUUUUCAACAAAUCAACAUGGCGCUGAACGAUCACUUGCACAAAAUGUGGCCACAAAUUUGCAUUCUGUCAAGUAUGAAACAUUGAGAUUUGGGCAUGGGCCACUAGUGUUUUUACUGUAUAAUUUUAUCAAUAAAGUACAUGCUAAUAUUGACACAGAACUGUGCACGUGUCUGAAUUUCUUUGACCUUUAAACUUGACAAAGAUACUUUCAAGUUUUCGAAAGUUGGAUCAGACAACUUUUAAAAGACUGAAAUGUAUCACCCUAAUGUCACGUUUUCGCCACCAAAAAGUUGAAUAACAUAACGUGCAGGUUAUCCACCAGUGCGGGUAAUCUGUUGACUUUUUUUUUUGCCGUAUGCAAUAAUCAGCAGGUGCGGGUAAUCGGCCGUGUGGGUAAACGACCGAAAAUUACGGUAAGUCUUCUUUUUGUUAAGAUAAAAUACAUCAACAAAAUGUGUAAGUUGACAAUGAUUAAGAGGUGAAAAGUAACAAAAACUACAUAACCCCAAUUACUUUUUAUAUUUCAAAAUUGCUGAAACUCAAAAUAACAUCCAUCGAUGGUUCAUGUUUAUGUAUUCAGUUAUUACUCCUAGAAUAAUAUACCUGUAUCCAUGACUGCAUAAUUCAUGACUCCUUUGUAUUGGAAGCAGCUUGUGUGAGCCAUGUUCUCUGUCAGUAGGGUGAUUUUAUGCCAUAGUUGCACAUCCUGCUUUUGUGGUGGAACAUGAUUUAAAGGCUUCACUCUUGGAUACGGUGUAAGGAUGCAGGCAUUGUUAGACUUUCUAAUAGACCUUUUAGCUCUGCAAAAAUACCCAUUAAUAGUAUUUACAGAAUCAUAGGAUGCAGAAUAAGAAACUAGCUUUCUUCAGCAUGGAGUCAAAGUGUGCAGCCCAAUUAUGAGGGUCUUUUUUGAAGGGUAUGCUUUGAAGCUCAGGUUUCCUCUCAUAAGGGCAAUACCAGAAGGUAGUGACAUGGUUGAUGGAGGAAAUCAAAGAUGAAACUGAUCCAAAACAUUUUGGUUUCUUGAAGGGAACUUCCACAGCAUAUUGUCUAUUUGACAUGAUUCAUAUUUGGCUCUAGCACCUUGACUCAUCUGGGCACCAUCCUUGCCUUUGCUUUUUUGAUAUUCCAAAGCAGUCCACCAUAUUGGACACAAUAAUGUGCCAAUUGAAAAACUUCUGGACCUAGGAGUUCACACAUAAGUUUCUUGACUAAUGGGUGAAAAAGAGUUAAGGUACCUAACUUGAUCUCUGACUGGCUUCCAAUUACACCUUUUACUGUUCAUUUACGUAAAAUGUACAUUUAUUUACGUCAACAGUUGAGCACUUUCAUGAACUUCAUUAAUGUGAACGAACUUUCAAUAAUGCAAUUUGCAUAUGUAUUAACAUUCAAUAGCAUCAACAGAUGAACAAUUGCACCUUUGGACAAUCAAACAUAACAAAUAUACUUUCAAUCUUGUGCAAUGGUUGAUCAUUAACACCAACAGGAAAUCAAUUGCAUAGUAUGACAAUCAAUUGUGUAUUAGAGACAUACAAUAAUACAAUUUGCUUAGAGACACACAAUCAAUUGCACCUUCAUACAAUCAUUUAUUCAAAAUAGUCAAUCAUUAAUGUGAAGUGACAGACUGUAAUAACAAUCAACUAGGGAAAAAGAAAUUUCAAAAUUGUUCUAUCACAGUGUACUGUAAUGUAAUGUUUUGUAAUUUUCCUUCAAUUUCUUCAUUAUUUAAACAUCUUGGAAUAUACAUUUGCAUAAAUCUGUACCACUGCCCACAUUUAGCAGCUGUGUUAGUGCCUAUGUUUCUCUACAGGACCUGAUGUAGCAAUUGAGUGCUGUAAUUGCCUAAUGCAAUUCCUUGUCAUUUUGCCUCUGCUCUGUCAUUCAUCUGUUCUUGCUGCUCUGGAUAACUUAUGUCCACUUUUAUGGCUGCUUUAAGACACUUGUUGCUUGCUCUACAAUGUUUAGAAAGGGGCUGUAUGGUGGUGGCUUUUUAAGCCCAGAAUUAGGACCAGGAAUGGCAGGAUUGUUGUGGGCUGGUGCACCGUCAUAAAUGAAAAUCACAUGUUCAUUUGGGUUGAGAGUUAGCCUUGCCUGUGACAGAAAAUCAUUAAAUCUUCGUCCAUUCAUUCCACCGAGAAAUGCUGAGUGAAAAAGGAGUCCAAUAGUGGGUGAAAUUGCCAGUGCUACAGUAACUUUUCUCCCUUGCUGACCACAUAUUGGUCAAUAUGCCCUCUCUUCCAUCCUUGCUCAUCCAUGACUUCUUGCUGUCCAAGUAUUGUACCCACACUCGUCUACAAAUAUUCUAUGAUUCACUACAGAAUGGUGCAUGAACCAGUUGGCAUAGUCAACUCUUUUUGCAGAACAUCAGGGUGGUUUCGUUCAACUGGGAGUGGCCUUGCCAAUUUUACACGAUACAACAUACCUUCAGGUGUUCUUGCUACAGUGUACGGUCAUAGAUUGUUGGUUUUCUUGGAAGAUGCUGUCUCAAUUCUUGAUUAAUCUGUGCUAGUGUUAGCAGUCAAUUUUCAUCUAAAAUGUUAUUCAGGAAAUUCCCCCUUUUUAUCAUCUACUCGAACAUGAUUUGCUCCUCCUCAUGGUCUCUCCACAAUCCUUCCCUCUCACAAGUAUUGUGCAAUGAUACUUCUUGCCAUUGAUUGGUUCACUCUGAUAGUAGCGGCAACCAUCAAGUAAUCUUCAUUACCAUCUUUGAAGGCUUGAAUAAUUCUUUGUCACUGUUCAAGUUGGAUUCUGUUUCUUGAUGGCAUGAUUUUCUUCAGUUAUUUCUGUCUCCAAUGCAUCUACUUGUUCAUACAGGGUACUCUGUUUCUUACAGUGAACUGCACAUGUAAAAUGUUCUUCAUUUAAUAUCUGCUUCAGCAAAAUGUUGUGCAAAAAAAAACCAUAAAAUUUAAAUGAUAAUGUACAUACUCUUGUAUUUUUGUUCAGUAUUUUAAAAUACAUGUAACUAUGAUGAAUGACACUAAUGAAUAUUUUUUCUUUCAAUUGUUUAUUCGAAAAACACCAGUGUUUGUCAGUUCAUGUUAACGAUUGACCAUUUUGAAUAAAUGCUUGUACAAAGGUGCAAUUGAUUGUGCGUCUCCAUGCAAAUUGUAUUAUUGUAUCUCUCUAAUAUGCCAUUGAUUGUCAUACUAUGCAUGAAAAUGCUAAUGAACAUAUAUUUGCCAUAAAGCUUCAGCUGUUGACGUAAAUAAAUGUACAUUUUGUAUAAAUGAACAGCAAAAGGUGUAAAGUAGGUGUUCCUCAAGGAUCAAAACUUGGUCUAGUAUUGUCACUAGUGAUGGUCAACAAUUUGAUGAUGAUAUUUAAACAGGAAGCUCUCUCACCUGUUGGUGAUCUACAGAGAGGUCCUAAUCCAAAAUAAUAUUGAAUUGUUAAAAGUAAAUAAAAAUUGCAGAUAUUAAAAAAGUACAGUAUUGUGCAAAAGUAAUGCAAACACCUGUCGACGAAAUUCGACGAAAUUCCUAGCUUUUCAACGAAUUCUUGACCGAAACGAAACUUCAACGAAAUUUCUGCGAAUUUUCGAGGCAUGGAUCGAACUUUCGGUGACAUAUUCCUUGAUGGCGUUAAUGCAACUCAAACUUUCGAGCGAAACUUCGUUCUAUGCGGCGAAUAUUUGGGGCGAUAAUUCGUUGCAAUUGUUCAUUCUUUCCAAAAGAUUUGGCUGAAUUUGUGGUUCGGUACUGCUCUAUGUAAGACUCCCAUGGAAUUUCCCGCAACAAUUUGAGUCGCGUGACCUAUGUUGUUUGCAACCAUGGCAACACUCAGUGUAUCAAUUGUGUUGAUGCGUUUGGGAUCAUUUAAGUACUCUACUUUUGGUAGUCAUCGUGGCCAAAGUUUCAAAUUAUUCUACAAAAAAACAAAAAAGCCCCUCCACAAGCAAGGCCUCCACCCAGCUGAAAUACCGAAAGCGAUGAAACGCGACGGGUUACUAGGUUUUACUACGCGCAUCAUUUGAAAGUUGCGUCUCACCAGUUUCGCGGUAAAUUUACCUUGAUCGGGAAGACCUCAAAAGCUGUCUAUGGAAGCAAACAGUGUAUGUAGAAACUGUGCAAAAUAAGCAUUGGCAAAAGAUGCCAGAAUUUACUCAAAAAUAGGGCAACGUGACCUAAAUAAUAGUUGUUUCAGCCGUCACUUACUAAUAUUCAGUAUUUUGUUGCGAAAUGUAAAGUAUUUCACACUUUUAUUAGCGUCUGAUUGUGUAGGAUCAAAACGAACAAAGAAUGCUUAAGUGCUAAAAUACUGCAGCGCUCUGAAGCUCGCGUUUUAUAUAUUUAUAUAUAUAAAUUGUGAAGAAUAAAUAUUUCCAAACAAACAUGGGUAUAAUGAUAUCUGGAAAGCAAUCAGCGAUAUGGAUGCCGUCUAUUUGGGUAGCGAUUGAGAACGAAUAAACAAGGAACACAUUUCUCGAUGGACAACGUUUGAAAACACUCAAAACACUUUCUCUGCUCUGUCUGGUUUAAAUGCAGAGUACUGAAGUUAAUGAUUAUAACUAUUCCAAUCAUUUGAGAGUUUAUUUCUACCAAAUACAUGUCUCUUGGUUGCAAUUGCUGUGUUUAGUCUCUAAUAUUAAGUGUCUCUGUCGUGGUGAAAAAGGUUUGAAAUACGUUUGAUAACAUUUCGUGUAAGCUAUAGAUAAAAAGAUUUUAAAAAAUUAUUCCUAAACUGACAUAUAGUGCUAGAGUUCUUCAAGUCACCGUCCAAGGCAUUCCAGUCUUUAAAGGCAUGAUAACAGGUUCUUUGUUUACCUCAGUUAGAUUUGCAAAUUUGAAUAUCUCUGCACCCAAAACUUGUAUCUGGAAGUAUGUUGACAAUGUUUCUUUGUCAGAAGGACUUGGAAGAAACAGUAAUUCAAACAUCCAAUACAGUCUUGAUACCAACUUCUCUUGGAGCUUAGUAAUUGGAAGAAACUCAAUGCUAAAAAAUGCAAAGAAAUACAGAUAUACUUUCUAAAGGAAAAUAUGAAACUCCCACUAUUUAAGAUUGACGAUCAACCACUAGAACUUGUCACCUCUCAUAAAGUACUUGGACUGGUGAUCCAGAAUAACUUUAAGUGAAACAACCAUACUGAUGCUACUGUUAACAAUGCCUCUAAAUGUUUCCCUGUGCCCCGUGUAUUGAGGAGAACAGGCGUUGAGGUUUAAGACUUAGUUACAAUUUAUACAACCUUGAUAUGAUCUGCACUUGAAUAUUGUUGUGUGGUAUGGCACUGCACCCUUCCCUCUUAUGACUCUGAAGACUGUACAUAGAAAUGCACCUUGAAGACCAUUGUACCUGCACUUUCAUACAGAGAAGCUCUCCAAUAUCUUAAACUACCCAAAUGAAAUGGAAGAUACCAAGAGGGGGCCCACUCUUCAAACGUCUUCCUAUAAUGAGGGCAUCUGCACACCAUUACCAAACAAGAAACUCAAAGCACUAAACAAUACCAAAGCAUAGAAUUAAAAGAUUGUCAUAGUUUUUUUGUCAAGUGCAAUUUUUUUUUUAAUAAUCAAAAAUAUAUUACAUUGUUUAAUUAUAGAGCAUAUUUCUAUAUUUGAUUUUUGAAAUUUCUGGUUUUAAAAUUUAAUGUAAGAACAUUGUAAUUCAUGUGUAUGCAAGAAUGUGGAUAUUAAAUGUACCAUUAAUAUUAUUAUUAGUAUUAUUAUUAUUAUUAUUACGUCUGUUCUUGACUUUGUUUCACCAAAAUGUUGUUGCUUUUUCUUGACUUCCAAAGCAGAUGGAUCAAAGGAAUUGUUCUUUUAUUACCAGACACUUAUGAACCAAGUUUACAUAACAGCAAUAUUAAGAUUACAGAGACUAACCCUUCGGCUUUAGGCUCGAAAACACCAAUAAAAAGCAGUAUCAACAGCAGCAAAAGUGUUAGCAUUUUGGAUCUCAUUAGAUCCUUUCAAGAUAUGGUGCUUCUCCUUUAUGGAAAGUAACUACAGUGUAGGCAGACAGGCAUAGGUGUGAUCAAAUUUCAAGAGAAAAUAAUUCUGAGUGCAAUCACUUGAUCUGUUAUGGGACAUCAACACAACAAAACAAACAGUGUGUUAUUAAUAAGGUCUCUGUAUUUAUUUGAUAAUUUUGUCCAUAUUGUUUCCACAGCUUGCAAAUGUAAGCAAGUAUCGUGUCACCAUGAGACUGUUGGGGGAGUUGAUUAUUGGUGGAGUUUUUCCAAAAUUGUCUGAAGGCAUUAAGACACUCAGUGCAAUCCUUAGUAACAUGGUAAACUGUGAUAAAGAAAGCCAUGUGUAUGUACAGGUGAUAAGCAGCUUUGCUCGUCAUUGUGGGGAAGACUUUGCAGGCUUCACAUCCAGGAAACAAAGGUUGAUGUCUGAGAAACACAAAGUAACAUUUCCAAAGUGUGGUAUAGUGCCUGAUGAGGAUCAAGCAGUUAUUCAUCAACACUUUCUAUCUUAUUACAAGUCACUUUCCAUCCAUCUACUUAGAGCUCAUAAGGAUCUUCAAAACAGGGAGAGACAGAAUCACCAAACUUUAAUGGUUGGUGUUAUACUUUGUUUAUUGCUUUUGAGCUAAAAUGUAGUUCUGUUUUCCAUUAUUGCUUUACUUUUGGGGUUAUCAUUGAUUACUUAAAUACAAUUACCAGUAAAUGUAAAGCACCUCAACCUCAGCUUUUCACAUUCAAGCAAAUGUUUAGACCUUGACACCCUAGAAUAUCCCAUGGUCUAAUGCGAAUUUUUUAAAAAAUUCUGAUUUAAGCUUCAGCAGUGUUCAGUGCAGAUUUCUUUACAACAAAAUAUAUUGGCAAUGGUGAUCACACUUGUACUGUAGCUAUACAGGGCUGUUACUUAUUGUGUUUUUGCAAAGGCAAGAAAAUUACUCUCAUUACUUCUUUAUUAUAGCUAAAAAUAGAAGUAGUCUACCUGUGAAACACAGUGUUGUAAAAUAUAUUUAUCAAAUGCAUCAAAUUUUCCCACAGACAAAAGGUGAAUUACACCCUGAACGAAAGGAGGCAUUUGAAAAGGCACAGAAGGCAUAUGAGAAGCUGCUAGCCAAUACAUCCUCUUUAGCAGUGAGCAUUUUUGAUCAUAACAUGCCAGAUGUUUUUUUUUUCUGUAUUGACAUAAACAGCAGUGUAGACCCUUAUACCUCUGUGCUUAUCUUACCUAGCUAAUUACUUUUGUGUGUUUGCUAUGAUUUGUUUAGGACAUACUGGAUGAAGACAUGCCUGAUUUGCCCCAGAAUGGUAAGUGGUUGUCAGUCACAACAGCUAUUCCUUUUAUUCUGGUUUUACUCUGCUGUGCUCUGUUCUGAAGUGAUCUAUUAACUUUUAAAAUCCUCAAAUUGGGGGUAACUUGUAACUUCUCCCUGUAAAUUCAGGACAUUAUUCAGUAAGAAGCUUGUUAGGAAGAGUGUGUUAUUGUGAUGGAAAAUUAACUUCUGUUAACCUCAAGUUUUGCAACAAGGGACAAUUUUUGCCUUUCUAGUUAACUGAUUUCAGUGCAAUUACAUGCUUGUCAUAGCUUUAGGACAAAUGAUCAACAAGUUUAUCAUGGUUAUGUUUAUUAAGUCGCUUUUGUCCAGGUUUUUAUGCAUGAAAAAUUUUGUAGAAGGUGCAUUUGAAGGUGCAUUUACCAAAAUUUGUCAAGCUACAACAAACCAUCUGCACUUGUAAAAUGUUGAUGAUGACAGAAACUUUGUCUAAAUAAACAACUUUGUUGCUAGUGUGGAAAGGCCCCUACUGUCAAUUCCAUGAACAUCUGCUUAUACAGUAGUUUGAGCUCUGGUGUAAUAUAUAACCUCUGAGCAGUAAGGUGUGGAACACACUUAACUUUCAUAUUUUCUUAUUUUUCUCAUUCAAGAAUCAAAGAUUUCAUUAUUUGUUUCAUCUUUGUAUAGAGUUUGUCCAGCAAGAGGCUGAGGGAAGCACAAUCGAUGUGUUUAACCCUUUUAAACAAUCAGAGGUACAGUGUGGGAUGAAAUCAACUUCAAGUCGAGCACAGUUCACAUUCACCAUAUGACUUCCCUGUUUUUCUUCCAUCUUUCUGUUGAUUAAAUACAUGUUCACUGCUUGAUCUUUAGAAAUUAUAGAGUUUGAAACAAAUCCUAACAUUUCUCUAAUGGAACUUUGUUCAAUUGCUACUACACCAUAACACUUUUUACAGUAGAUAAAGUUAUUAUCAGCUCAUAUUUAAAAGCUUUCCAAGUGGACUUAGUGAAGUAUUCUCAGCCCAUCCUUUGAGUCUGAUCUAUUUCUGAGGGGAAUUCCUUGGUCAUGGCAGAAAAUGUCAGGGUUUUAUACAGUCAUGUAAAAGUUUCUUGUUUUCUGGGAGCUAACUGUUUCAGUGGUGACAAGUAUUGAACUUAAUGCACCAUGUAAAAAGCCAAGAAAAUUACUUAAAAUUAUACUUAGGAACAGUUCAGAGAUUCAAACCCACUUCAGUCUUGCUGAAAGUGUGUAAAUAGUUAGUUACUAGAUGGCAUUGCUUUCAUUUGUUAUCAGGGUGGAAUUUUUGUGUAAAGAGUAGGGAAAUUUAGUUUCCUCAAGACAAUUUUCCUACCCAAUUGCAAAGCUUUGGUCUGAGAUAAGUUUUUUAUUUUUACUUCAUUUUAACAAUAAAAAUCAGUAUUGGUAAGGUAUAAACUAAAUAUAGAUCAGUUCAGACCCUUAAUUUAAAAAAAGUAAUUACUGAUCUUCUAAACAGUAUGAUGGAAGUGCAGGCCUGUGGGAAGAUGAGGAAACAAGGAUCUUUUAUGAAAACCUCAGAGACCUCAAGGCUUUCUUACCAAAGGUACAUGAAAAAACUGAUUCUAUGAUAACACUAUAUAUAUAUAUAUAUAUAUAUAUAUAUAUAUAUAUAUAUAUAUAUAUAUAUAUAUAUAUAUAUAUACACACCUAGUAUUUCAAACUACUGACUAAUUCAAUCAAAGAACACUUUUCAUUUUUUGUUAUUGAAAAAGGUAGUUUGUGCAUAGUAAUUGGCAGUGUUGGUGAUGUAGUCUAUUUGUGAAUGGCACCUUUUUAGAAAUGUUAGAGAUCUCAGCCAUCAAUUUGGUAGUAAGGCAAGUGGUAAGCUCAGGUCAUACUAAUGCAUGGAUAAUUGGCAAAUGCAUUUGGAAGUUACCAUGAUUAUCAGUAACAGGACACCCACAAGUAAAUGAAAGCUAUUGAUUUCACCAACAACAGUACAUUUCUGUAUCUUAUUGUCAGAUCUUGUACAAAGAUGUUGGGAAAGAUGAAGAAGAAGAUGAUGAAACAAAUUCAGUUGCAGAUGAAAAACUAGACAUGCAAGAGCUGGAAAGUAAAUUUUAGUUCUGGUGUUCUUGACAUUUGUAACCAGCAAGGCAGUUUUGGGUAUUUAGGUCUGAUUAUUAGUUUUGUAAAUAUGUUUACUGAAAAAUUUACUCUUAACCCCUUGCUGGUAGGAGGAUAUUUUCCUGUAUCAUGUUCAUAAAACUUCAACAGCCAUAUUUCUGAUUUUUUUUAGUGAAAGUUGAGGAGUUUGAAGAGCUAAGUGAUGACAUUGGUGAUGAGGAAUUCAGUGGAAAAGAAAGUGAGGAAGGUACAUACUUACAUGCACUUAACUUUGAAUUAGAGUCAUUCAUAAGUUCCUUUGCCACUGUAACUCACACAUUCAUAAGACUGAUGACUGAGACUGAUGUCAUAAAAAUAUAAGCUCUAUUUAGGUAGUGGUUAUCAAAGCUAUUUGCAGCAAUGAUGCUACACGGUUAGCUUGUAACAUGUACUUUAACUCUAGUGUACAUGUUCCAUACCAUUAGGCUUCUUUUUAUUGUUAAUAUCUGAUGGUGGUGUGGAAAUGCUCAACAUCCAGGGAACUUAAAGUGAUGGUAUUGUUCAUUAUGUCACAUAAGUAGUAAGGGCACACCUUUACAUUGACAGUGAACAACUCCUAGUAAAAAAAAAUUUACCUUUUGUGAGCUAAUUGGUCCUCCUAAAAAUAUAGCACAAGGGUUUGGUUUCUUAACUUUUGGAAAUUAAGAGUUUGCUAUCUUUUCAUCCCAUGCAGGCAUAUAUUAUCUAAUACUGUUGGGGGAUAGAACUUAUUAGAAUUCAAAAAUGUUUUUGUUAAUUUCAGAUGACGAUGACAGUUCAUCUGGAGAAACACUAAGCUCAUCCACUGGACAAGCUCUGGAGGCAAUUAUACAAAGACUACCCACAUGUGUCAACAAGGACCUUAUUGAUGAGGUACAUGUAAUGCACAGUUAAUGUUUUUCUACUAAUGUUAAGUCAUUGUUUUGGAUGUUUAAUCAUCACACUGUGUAAGCACAUUGGUUGUUACCUUGCAAGUGGAUGUUCCAUCCAAAAUCUUAAUCAUCCGUAACUCACUUUUGACAAAAAUUAUGCCCUGCUCGUAGUUAACUUCUAGAGUAGUUCCCCAACAGUAAUUCGUGAAAUUUAAUUUUCUGAUUAACACCAAGGCAUGCCAUAAAAAUUUGUGAAACAGAGUGGGAUGAAUUUGCUGUGAUCUGCAUGAACCCAAACUCAAAACUUUGGGUUAACAAUACCUUUGGAACUACCUACUAUGUGAGAACAAAUAAACGUCUUUUGCAUAUGUUGUAUGUUUGUUUAGGUAGCAACAGAGUUUAUGCAAACAUGCAACACCAAGGGAAACAGAAAAAGGCUUUGCCAUGCACUUUUUGGUGUUCCAAGGAUACGGUAAGAAUUAUGUGUUUAAUGAAAAAGACUGCAAAGUAAUGGGGAAAUGUUAAGGUUAGUCAAGUGUGCACGAAUCUACACAGAGUAAGAACAAAUUUGAAACCUGUUUUCUGUUUGUAGUAUGUUGUCUUGAGAAAUGAAAUAGACCAUUAAAUGCUUGAGUUUUUUCUAAGUUUUAGAAUUAGUACUACAUAUAUAAUCCAAUGCCUUUUUUCCUUGUAAGGUUGGAUCUGUUACCAAUGUAUGCUCGCCUGGUGGCCACUCUUGAUCCCUGUGCUCCUGAUCUUGCACCUGAGCUUAUGCAGCAGCUGAAAGGAGAAUUCAAAUUUCGUGUAAGCAAGUUGAAGGAAAAAUAGUUUUAAAAAAAAUUAUGGCAGCUUUUUGUCUCAUAAAUACUUUGACUACUGAUAUGAGUUGAGUGAUUUAUUCUUUGUUUUAUUUAGAUACUCUAGUGGUUCCAUGUUGUUUUAUAGGUGCGUAAAAAGGAUCAGAUUAAUGUUGAGUCAAAAAUAAAGACCGUGAGAUUCAUAGGUAAGAACUAUUUAUGUUAACACAUACUGCUUCUAGAGCAACCCUUUCAAAAUGGAAUAUUUGUUAAGAUAAUUAUUAGCAAAUAUAAUUAUAGUAUAGUACCAGUGCAUUUUCUUUCAUUAUUCCUGUAGGUGAAUUAACUAAGUUCCAUAUGUACCCAAAAGGAGAAGCUCUACACUGUUUGAAGGUGAGAUGAAAUUUUGUUCAUCCCAUUUGUACCCCACUGUUGCCUCCCUCUGCCAAAUGCUUUAACAGUAGGAUAUUUUUCUCUCAACAUCCAUCCUCUCCUAGAAUUUAAGGGUACAUCAGUCACUUAGUUGAUUAAUAUAUGAAGACUCUUUAUCCUCUAUUUCAUGACUAUCUUAAAUCCUUUGCUCCUGUCUAAACAGCUUCAGGUCUGCUCAACGUUAGAUUUCCAGCAGUUGGUCACUGCCGUCAAGAGUUGUCAAAAUCAUAUAAAUAAGAAGAUAAUGAUUCUCUAGAACCUGAGCUUGCCAUUUACAGAUAGGAAAUAGAGCUCAGUAAGAGUCAUGAUUGUGUAUAAGACUACAUUCUGUGGUUUGAAAAUCAGCCACUUGAAACUUCUUACUAUUGAAUGAAAAACUGUUUGAUGUUUGAAACAGUUUUUAUUCAGGUUUCCGUAGUAAGCUAAGUUUUGAACUAUGUAAUUUACUUUGAGUAAAAAUUUACAUAGUGAAGGGUCACUGUCAGCUGGUUUUUAAUUACAGAGCACUUUGAUCACUUCUCAUCAAUCAACACUUUAAUUGGGUGAGCUUUCUGGGUAAUAGUGAUUUUUAAUUUUUGGUCUCCUCUCAAUUGUAAACUUUUUUCUGUCUAAGUUACAUGAAAUGAACUCUUUGAUUUUUUUAUUUUAGAUGCUUUUGGAAGAUUUUACCCACCAUAACAUUGAGAUGGCCUGUAACUUGUUGGAAGUGUGUGGCAGAUUUCUGUACCGCUCACCAGACUCGCAUAUCAGAACUAAAAACUUGUUGGUGAGUUCAAUUUUGCAAGAUUUUGUUGGGUAAUUGUAAUAGUAAUGAUUGUUAUUGAUUAUCUAUUUUUCAGUUAUUUAGAUUCAUAUAAUAUUUAUCAUUUUUGUGAGGAAAUGAAUGAGCCUUCCUAUCCGUGAUUGUACUGAUAAAAUUCAUUUGUUUGGACAAAUGUUGAUAAGGUUAGGAAUAUGUAUUAUUUCAGGUGCAUGUAAUCAUAUAACAAAUAAGCUGGCUGUUAUUUUUGAGCUUCAUACACCUCCAUUUUUUGUAUUUUUGAAUAAACGUGACUUCACAUAAAGCCAUAACUCUUUAAGUUACAUGAAGUUAUCUUACCGUCCGUAACUUAUUGUCUCCCUUCCAUACACAAGGAGCUGAUGAUGAGAAAGAAAGCUGUCCAGAAUCUUGACAGUCGUCAGUUGACCUUGAUUGAGAAUGCGUUCUUCUACUGUAACCCUCCAGAAAGGCAAAAGGUGAUUCUUAUCAAAAAGCUUUCAUCCUCACAUCUUAGUGCCUCGUAUGAGAGAAGUUUAAUCUUCGCAUAUUUUAAAGCUGGUCUUCAACAUGUUAUAUACAUAGUUUAAGUGUGUUAUAAUUUGCUUAAUUUUCUCCUGUAACCAUCUUUGUUUUUCUUAGGACCGUAAUAAUAAAUAAUAACUGCCCAGGGGAUUGGGCUGUUCCUAUUGAUAUUUAGAAUAUUUCGUAUAAUUUCAGCUGAUGUUAUGUCACUUUGCUAACCACAACUCGUUGCUUGGUUAGUUUCAAUUCCAUGAGCAAUUGGCAUUAAUAAAAAUCAUAAGAUAUGGUUUAUUGUCUAUAGGUUGCUCAGAAAGAGCGUCCUCCGAUGCAGGAGUACAUCCGUAAAUUACUCUACAAAGACCUCUCCAAAACCACAACAGAGAAGGUAUAUAGAGUGAGAAAGAUGGAAAUUUUGAGUUCAGUAAUGAAAUAAAGACUUUUCUUAAGAGAAGGUAUAAUGGUAUAGAGUACACUGUGUGAGGCGGAGGGUAUAAUAGUGCUCGUGAGAAUCGUUUUGAAAAGUAGUGUUGUUAGUGACAGUGACUGAUGAUUGGAAGUCAGUGAUAGUCACUAUCAGAGUAAAUUGAAGGGUUCUUUGUCAGAUUUUUUCAUUUUGGUUUCAAGGCAGGGUAAUCACAGCUGACAAACGCUGCUACAGUCUUAAUGCAAGGAACAUGAUUAUCUCGGAAAAAGGCACAAGUCAGUUUCAUAAACCAGACCUCGACUGACAGACAGUUUUUCAUUUAAAUUUGGUGAUUACAGUUUACUUCUGCUUAGACUGUCGAAGCCGCCAUAAAAACAGUACUUUUCAGGACCACUCGGUAUAAAAUCACAGAAAUCGAUCAGCUGAAGCAGCUCUUUAGAUUGAUGUUACCAUAAAGAACUUUAGAUAGUUAUACAGAGGCAAGCUUUGACUUCCUUUAUAGGUUUUUGUAUGAAUGUAGUUGUAAAAAGAUUUUUGCUAAUUCAAGAUUAUUUACGCACCUUGGAAAUUUAAAAAAGUGUAAAUUCUGUUAAAGGAUCAAAAGUUCGCUGUCAACUUACCAGAAGAUCGAGAAGGUUUAAACAUAUGAAAAGAGUUGUGACAUGAGCACUACUCAGCUGUAGUCUUUGUGACUAAUUGCCCUGAUUCAUUUAGAUAUAUGAGGUAAAAUACUCAGUUGAUUACGUUAGUUUUGAUUAUUUUCCGGCAGGUACUACGACAAAUACGAAAACUACCCUGGAAUGAACCACAGGUAUAUCUGUAAAUCUGGUUGUUGAGGCGUUAUCAGAACAUUUUGAGAAAAGUUUGAAUAAUAGAAAAAAUAUAUAUUCAUUUACUGAGCCAACUGUGAUAAGUGCGAGGAGCCGGUCCGUGCAGUGUGUGGAGAAAAAUUGAGCGCGGAGCUAAAAUGUGGCUUGGAGUUCAAAACCUAAUUAAUGCUUACCAACUUAACAGUUGACUCAGUAAUUGCUGGGGGUUAGGAGCGUUACAUACCAGGUUUGAAUCUUCACUUCCGAGCCCAAGGACAGACGAACGAUUUGGAUAUUAACAAUAAUAACUGAGAAGAAUGUGCUGCAGAUGACCGUUUCUUGUAUAUGAGUUUGAUGUCAUAAGAGCGAUUAAUGUUCGGAGAAGUUAUGAAUUCAUACUUGUACUCGUUAGAUUUCGUUUUUCACAUUCAAAAUAGUCAGAAAAAAGAAGCCUGCUCGUAGUGGGAUGAAGGGAGUUUUUCAUAAAUGUAUGUGUCAAUUAAUUUCUGGGUUUGAUUUAAACUGCAUUCUGUUCAUUCUGUCGCGUAAGUAAGAACAUAAUGAAAGCUGAGCAAAACUUGUCUUGUCGUUUUGGAGUACGAUACAAAGUUAGAUGAACUUUUUGUUUAUGUUCGCUAUUGUUCAGUAUCUUCUACAGUAGGAUGCAUCAUAUCGAAUAUGAAAGUUUUUUCUUGUAAUGAAUCCUUUUUACUCCGUGCAUUUUGUUUGGUUUGAUGACUUUUCAGGUUGCUUUGUACGUAAUAAAGUGUCUGAUUCGUGUGUGGAACAUCAAAUACAACAGUGUACACUGCGCUGCCAAUCUGUUGGCAGGCUUAGCACAGUAUUAUGUAAGUAACCAUUGAUCUUAUCUCAUCCAUUUGUCUCAUGAUCAUUUUUGCAUGAGAAAUACACUCAAAGCCAAUAACCAAAUGACUGUUAUAUAUAUUUCUAGAUGUUUCGACAGCAGUUUUCUUUUUCUUUUUUUUCCUUCUUUCUUUCUUUCUUUUUUAUUUUGCUGCUUUGCAAUUUUUAUUGCCAGCUGAAAAAAAGUCAGUUUGUUCGUGGCAACCAGAGUUUUUCUUUCCUUCGCUAUCUUCUUGACUCUGAUUUUUGGUGUACCUUCCUUGUUUUCUUCUGUUCCUCGCUGCUUUUCUCUUGUCCCCUCUGUUCAUCUGGUCUCCUCUACUCUCUAAACCACCCCUCUUCCCUGCUUAUGAUUUUGGGCAUAAUUGAUGCCUAUCUCAUAUAAAGUAAUUUUACCACAAUUUUAGGAGGACGUUGGCCUGUAUGUCGUUGAUGGAGUUUUGGAAGAGAUUCGUCUUGGAAUGGAGGUAAGAAGUCAGUCUAAAUGCCUUAAAAUGAGUUGGCUCUAUUGGUGCGGUUGAAAUGCCGAGAAGCAGGGUCUUUUUUAAUAUGCACGAAAAACAAGAAAUUCACACCCUCGUAAGAGCCCUUAUUUUGUUUCGUUUCCAAAGAGCGGACUACUAAAUGGCACAGAAUCCUCACUACUAUCUUCGUUUUUCUUCAGGCUCUAACUCUAACAGAUUGGAGAAUUCUUUGGCUUUAACUCCACCCUUGUGCUUUAACAUUUCUUAAUGAAAACCUUAAGUUCACCCUGCUGAGCAGUGUUCAAGAGCGGUAUAAUCUACUUUCACAAUGCUUUUCUCUCCAUGUAGGAAUGUUAAUGGUUGUGACGGAAUGUUGAAGGGGGGAAGUGGGGCUUGCGAUAACCAGUAUCCCUUCCUGGAGGAGCAGCAACACUUUCCUAGUCGCUAAAUGCUGCGUAAUCUCAGUUGUAUAAGCUGUGGCAGCUAUGCGUGUCGGUCCCUGUUCAUUCCCGGCUUACAGUAUACGUGCAUUGUCGUUUAUUUUACACAUUUUAUAAACGUGAUUUCCCUUUAGACAAACCUGCAGAAGAUGAACCAGCGUCGUGUGAGCUGUGUGAAGUUUUUGGGUGAGCUUUAUAACUACAGAUUAGUGGAGUCACGUGUCAUAUUCAGCACCCUUUAUUCCUUUAUCACCUUUGGAAACAACCAGGAAGGUCAGUGAGAAGUAAUACUUAAAAUAAAUGCCUAAACAAUGCUAAGUUUAAUUGCCCUAAGACAACGAAGGAAUAUGGUGUAAAAAGUACGUCAUAAAAUAACUUGUUGCGUUCAUUCUAAAGCUCUUUUCUAGGGGUUUUCACUUAAAUUUCCACGCAUCUUCCUUUUCUCAUUCUUAUCAGUGUUGUCACCAAACUCAUUGCGCCCAAAUUCUUUUUCUUGUAACAUCGUGACAAUCACUAUCAGAGCUAUGUGCCAAAAACGCAACAAACUCAACGAGCGAUAACAACUGCGUGGGACUUCCACAAGUGAAUUUUUAAAAAGAGCAAUAUUAAAAACACGCGGCUUGGGAUCACGCUUAAUAAGGUUGAAUCAAUUUUUUUUCCUUUCUCUCUACCGUGGGUUUUGAUCCUUUUCUAGGGCUUACUAUCCUGGUCUACUUACAGUAGGUAAAUCCAGUUUUGUUUCUUGACAACAGGUGUUGUUUCAGUGCUGGAUCCUCCUGAACAUCUGUUCCGUAUCCGUCUGAUGUGUACUUUACUCGACACCUGUGGACAGUAUUUUGAUCAUGGAAAUUAUAAGAAGAAACUUGACUGCUUUCUUGUCUACUUUCAAGUAAGAUGAAAGCUGAGCCUACUUUUUCAAUUGUAGGCCAGUGGCUUAAUUAUCUUUUUUUCUUUGAAAGAUAUGUUGAUUUUGCGUUUUCGAAUACCUUGUGAACCUUUCGCAAGUGACUGGUACAUUUACGAAACACAACAUGACGUAGAAUGGAGACGAGACAUCACUAAUUUCAACUGUCGAUGUUCGAGCUGACGUCUAAGAUUAGAAUUCAAGAAAGCCAUUUGUGUAGGUUGUCACGUUCGUUCCUAGUGGGACAGCGUAAUCACUUUUUGCGCGCGCUGGUCAUCAAAUAUCUCUGUGUCAAUUGCUAAAUCUCUACAAUGUCAGUUUCUGUGAUCGCUUAGUACAAGAGUUUCGAAUUUUUUUACAAUCGAAAGUAAAUCUUGAUUGAUUGUGACGCAUGGUGGACACUAACGUUAGGUGUUCGCCUUGUGUGGUUGCACCAUACAGCUUUAUAAGAAAGUGUCAUGAUUGUUUUACUAGUGCUACAUCCUGAAGAAGAAAGCCGAUCCCAUAUGGAAUGAAGGACACCCAUUUCCGCGUGAUGUUGAUUACAUGAUUGCUGACACUCUUGAGUCUCUUCGCCCCAAACUCACCAUCUUUGCAAGCCUGGAGCAAGCUGUUGAAACUCUUGAAAAGUUGAACAAGGAGCAUCAAGAACAGAUAGGUUAGUGUGGUGUGGUUAUUCAAGCUAAAUGGUAUCCUGUUUAAGAUUCACAUCGCCUUUAUGGCGCUUUUCGAUUGGAUAUUAUAAAAUAAGGAACAACAUCCAAAGAAGCCAUUGGGAAUUUAAAAUGCACAGAUGUAAACGACCUAAGUGGAGAGGAACGCAAAUAAUAAUGUCGCAUUUGAUGAGGUUUGUCUCUGUUUGGUUGAGUAGCUAGUGCGAGUUUUGCAAGGGGCAAAGUGAUGCAAAACCGUUGUGACGAGGGUUUUUUUUCCUUUUCGACACCCAAUUGUAAAUUGCUCCAAAAAUAGAACGUUUUGAGUUCUUAUGGUAUGUUUUAAUAAACAGGUAUAAGGCUACUUACAAAAAUAAGCAAACGUGAUAUUUUUUUUGUCCGCUUGUCCGCGGGGGAAAAAAGAUCUUUUUUACUGCGAGUUCGGUCAACUUUGAAAUAAGAAGAGUAGACGGAAAAAAAUAUUAGAUUUUUUUUGUAGUAGUAUACGACUGGUUAGUUCUUGACACUUCAGCAGUUGAGUGAAAGAAACCUAUAAAAACAACUCAGGGACCAAAACCCAUCGGUUUUCCGCGAUAUUAUUCCAGUGCUCAAUCAACUGAGCAAAUACCCUUAUGGCCCUUAUAUUUAAGACAGUCAUCAGGGCUCGGCACGGCUCUUAUUUUCCUGCCAGUCAAGAAACUUAUUUGCGAGAUAGACGAAGCCUAAGAUCAUCCGCACUUUAUUCCAAUGAAGGCCGUGAAAUCAAUGUUUAAUAUGGCUGAUUCCAGCUGUUGUUUCAUUUCUCUGUAGAGAAAGCCACCCCAAUUGAGCAAGACACUAACAUCCCAGAACACGAUUCAACUCCAAUGCCAAUUCCUAGCAUGUCUUACAGCAAAGUUGUCACAGAAUCUCCAGCUGCCUCGCUAAGUAACUCUCCUUGCCAGUCCCCUAUGCUGCGCGAAGAAGAUGAACACAGUGAGACUGGGGAGAGUGAAGGUGAAGACGAAGAAGACGAUGAGGGACGUGGUACCCAUGGGACGGAAAAUGAUAAAGAAAUUACUGAAGUGGACAUAAAUGAUGUGGAUAUGAACAAGGUGUUUUGCCGUAAAUGCUUCAAAUUCUGAAUAACUUCUGUACAAAAAUAGUAGUCUGAGAUGUAACAACUGUUUAUGGUCAAAUAGAUGUUAUCAGCAGGUCAGACCCCAAACGUCUGAGCCGUUCGACCAGCAAAGCAGGGUUAGGCUACUGUUUCCUUUUCAUCAUCUUCCUUAAAGAAUAAAACAGUUGAGCCGUGUGUUUCUCCAAGAUUGCUCUAAAAGACGUCGGGUAGAUUUUUCGAUUUUUAUGUAAUUUUGCGAUCAUCCUACUUUCUUUGUUGAGAAGUGUGAACCUUACUACGUUCCGUGGCCUUCUCCUGCAGGUGAAAGUCCUUAGUCCUCCAAAGCAGGAACAAACCGUCGAAGACAAGGCGUUUCUUGCAGCCUUUGAUAAGUUGAUGUUAGAUGACAUUCAGAAUCGCCGGGAAGAAAACCCCAAGGUAUUUAGAAUGAAGCAAACACCAGCUGCACUGUCCUUUUAUCUUUCCACCUUUUGCUCAAUUACCUACCAAGCCUGUAGAAAGUGUAGUUAAAGUUACAUGUGUCAUCUUUUUUUGAUUUUGUCAGUCUUCUUUGCUUCUGACGUAACGAUUGAUGUUUUCGCGUUUUCGAGUACGGUAAUAUUCUCCUCCUUCCCUAUCCCAUAUUGGUUACCCUGUUAGAUGACAAAUGGCGAGAAGACAAACUGUAAACGGGUAUUGUAGCGGGCUUUUCAAGGUUAGAAGAAAUUGGUGUUAUCUGCAAGGCUCAAAGAGACCAUAACUGAACCAUUUGCAGUUGUGCUGUUGCUGUUUCUUUCUCUUUUUGUUGUCGCCCUAAUUCGCUUUAUUAUCUCUCAGGUGCCGAGUUUGGAUGUAGCAGUUCCAAUGCACCUGAAAGGACAGAGAGCUCGUCACAACAGUUUGACUGAAGAGAGCGAAAACCUAAACUUUGUUGUCAUGCUGAAAAAGGGAAAUAAACAACAAUUUAAAGGCAAGCAAGUUCUUUUCGUGAGAGAUAUAUUUAUUUAUCUAAAAGUUGUAGCGCGUUUCAAGUUUGGAUUCAUACUAAGGUUCUUCACUUCCGUGAUUCUAUUGAAAUGGCACAUACCUUAAAGAAUACGUUAUUACCUUAGCAGCCGAGCUCAGACUGACAAAAUUUCUUAUCUUAUUAUCUAACUUGGUUACUAGCUGGGCCCUUUUCCUCGUUUAUCUUUUAAGGGCCCAAAAAGUUUAAUUUUGUUUGCUGGGUCUCAUUCAAAAUCGAGUUUUGAAAUGCAAUACAAGGAAAUGACAUAGAAUUAACUGGUUUUUGAGCUUAAGACCCGAACUAUUAUUCCGUAGAAUUAGAUUGAAAAUGCCUGUAGAAAUGCCUGGCAACACACCUUUUUAAAUUAAUAAUUAGUGAAAUCAGUGACUGUUCAGUGUUUGCUUCUGCUCCAUUUUGCUUUUGCUUCAGCCGUCUAUUUAUGUAUAUCUUCAGUCGUAUAUUUUUAACAAUUCACCAAUGCUGCCCUAUAGAACUCGACGUAGUCUUUAUAAUAAGAGGAUCCUUACAAUAAUAAGGUUUUUGAUUCCCGAAUGAACAGAUCUUCAGAUUCCUCUUAGUUCUGGUCUGGCGGCAAACAUCCGGGACAGACAAAUGGCUGAACAACAGGAACAGGAAGAGGUCAAGAGAUUGGUGUUGGAUUACAAUCAGAGACAAGAAGAAGAGAUUUAUAAUGGUAUUGUAUUCAACCGCUGCUAUCAUUCUCCAUCUUACACUAGUGGCAGUUGUAAUAUGUAAGAAUUAGUUCUUGUUCGGGGCAACCGGGAAAUCUGACUUUUGACUCGUGUGAAAGAUGGCAGUAGAAGACAAAGACCAGCUGAGAAUAUUAAUAUUGUGAAAAGAGCGAAAAACGAAAGCACUGAAUGGAAUGCUUUGACACCGCUCAAUUUACUUCAAAACUUGAAUCUGCGUGGCAUAAGAUUCCCAAGUAAUUCAAGAAUACUGAUUGAAUGUAUUUCUUAAGGCUGUAUUUUGAUUUUCCGUAGAGAUGCUAGCUCAGCAAAGACAGGCUGGUUCUGAACAGUCGUCAAGGUCUCACCAUCGCUAUAACAAGAGACGACCUCCAGAGGGCAAUGACACCAGCCUUGUGUUUGCAAACUUAACCAGGUAG